CGGGGCCUGGGGGGUGGGGAGGUGAAGGAGGCCCCGGGGUGGAGGGGAGAGAGAGCAGCCGGCCGCUUGGCCCCGCCGCCAGCUCGCCAGACGACGAGGACGACGAGGAGGAAGAAGAAGCGGAGAGGCAGGAGGAUGGAGGAUAAGAAGGAGGAAGGCGAAUCCGAGAUCCAGGAGCACGGGCCCGAGCAUUGGUUCACCAAGUGGGAGCGGCAGUGCCUGGCCGAGGCCGAGCAGGAGGAGCAGCUGCCCCCGGAGCUGCAGGAGGAGGCGGCUGCCGCGCAGCCCGAGCACAAGCAGCAGAAGCUGUGGCACCUCUUCCAGAACUCGGCCACCGCCGUGGCCCAGCUCUACAAAGAUCGAGUGUGUCAACAGCAAGGACUUUCCCUCUGGGUUCCCUUCCAAAAUGCAGCCACUGCCGUUACCAACCUCUACAAAGAAAGCGUGGAUGCCCAUCAACGAAGUUUUGAUCUAGGAAUUCAAAUUGGCUACCAGCGUCGCAAUAAGGAUGUGUUAGCAUGGGUUAAAAAACGCAGAAGAACUAUUCGUAGAGAAGACUUGAUCAGCUUCCUCUGUGGAAAAGUCCCUCCUCCACGAAACUCUAGAGCUCCCCCAAGACUAACUGUAGUAUCCCCUAAUCGAGCUACUUCAACAGAAACUAGCUCAUCUGUAGAGACUGAUUUGCAACCCUUCCGUGAAGCCAUAGCUCUGCAUGGUCUUAGUGGCGCAAUGGCUAGUAUAAGCGUUCGUUCAAGUACUCCAGGCUCUCCUACUCAUGUAAGCAGUGGAUCGAAUGCUAGUCGAAGGAGAAAUGGACUCCAUGAUGUGGAUUUGAACACUUUCAUAUCAGAAGAAAUGGCACUCCACUUGGACAAUGGUGGAACUAGAAAGCGUACCUCAGCCCAAUGUGGCGAUGUCAUUACAGACUCACCAACUCAUAAACGCAACAGAAUGAUCUAAACUGCAAAAUUUUCAAACCCACCAUGCUGCUUGAAAGCCACUUGAUCCUCAACAUACUAUUGAAAAGGAAACAUGAGGCCAUCUUCCCUUGUUCACUGUUUUAAGACAAGUGAAUUCAAUAAUGAUUGCCAUAAAGGAAGUUUUAGGUAUUACAGUAGAUGCCUCUUGUAACUAUGGCUUUCUUAAACUAUAAUCCUAGCAGAGGACAUCAGAUAUUGUGUAGUAGUUAGCAAGAUCAUCAUAGGCAAACAUGUAUCCGUUCCAAGGCUAAAAGUGACCUUACUUGUAUUCUUAAAGGGAAAGGAAAUAUCAGAUGUUUAUUUGGUUAUAGAAUGCUUUUUUGUCCUUUAUUUCCUGCUGUGUUGAGUAUUUUGCUUCAACAGUAUUUGAAAUUGUCUAAAACAUGACUUGGCAUCUUUGUCAAAUCUGCAGGCUUCCAUUUUCGCAGCACUGUACCAUGCACCUAGUUUCUAUAUAGUAACAGUGUGCAAGUUAUAAAUAUUGGACUGUACCCUUUUAGUUUUAAAAGCAGUUGAUAAUUCUGGUGAUUGUGUGAUAAUGUAAAGAGGUGCUAUGAUGGUCAUGCAAUUAAUACUUAAUAUUGAAUCAAUACAAGGAUCUUUAUUGGAUUCACUUUGUGUGUUUUAGUGCUCUAAAAGUAGCAAUAUUAAACUUUUCCCCAAUUAACCUCAUAGACUUUAAAAUUUUCAGUUUUGAAAUGAUAUAAUGUACUUAUUUACAUGCCGGUACUGUCCUUGUGGUAAGUGUAAGCACUGCAGACUACACUCUGAGUGACCUAAAUUUAGAGAGGUCGUGAAAUUUGAGAAUAGGCUUCCUUUUGGGUUCAGUAUUAGUGAAGGGAUAGGUAUCGUAUGCAACUAUAUAUCCAGUUUUACAUUUCUCAUGAAUGCCCGUGUUUGUGGCAGGUGUUAACUUUGGGCUGGGUGGAGGAGGGUAAAGGUAUGUAUUUUGCCUGCUAAUGAACAAGAUAUGAUCACUGUUUAAAUAAAAAGGGGGGUGGGAGGGGAAACUAAUUGGAAUAUCAUUCUUAAAAAGAUGGAAUCUCAUGCAGGUUCUGUAAUUGUUAGGUAGACCUAAACAAAAGUUAUUUCAAAUAGACUUCUGGACAAAUGUAAGACCUCUUAUAGCUAUAAUGUUUUGAAGCAUGUUUUCUCUUCAUCUUCUAAUACUUUGAACCAAAUAUAGUGUUCUUUAGAUGAAGAACUUAACGUAAACCUGCCAGUCACUGUAACUUACUAAAUGGCAUUCCUACAUCAUGUAGGACAAAGAUAAGAGUGUUUCCUUGCCCAUUAUUAGUUAUUUCCUAUUUUUAUCUCAAGACCAUUGCAAAUCAAUGUAGGGAUUUACCAAUAAUUAAUUAUAGCACUUAGCUAAAGUUUUCAGUUUAUUGAACCACUUAUAGUCUUGUGAAGACUUAAAUGAAAUUUGGCUAAAGUUGACCUUAAUACUCAUUGGCCUGGUAGGAUGUGAAUGGAAUUUUGAAAGGUUGGAAUGAAUUGAAAUUCUGUACUCUUUUUUUGACCUUAUUUUUCAUACUUGAGCUUGGAAUUAAAAUCCAUUCUAGGACAAAAAUUUAGGCAUGAUUUUUAAAAAAUCAUCCAUGUUUGCAGAAUGACCUGUGUAUGGAUCCGCUCCGUCUCCCCCCACCCCCUCAAACACACAUGCACAUAAUGGUACACACACACACACACAUUCUCUCUCACAGCCUCUUGUAAGGAAUACAGCUGAAGGUGGAAUUAUAGUGCUUUGUCAUAUUUAACCUGAAACGGAAAAUGCCUAUGUAUUUUGAACACUUUUUUUCCCAGCCUUCCACUUAAUAAGAAUUCACCAAGAAAUGGAUCUAGAAUCAUCUUUGUUUUUCUAUUGCUUGUUAAUUGAAUGCUGAAAUUGGGGUGUAUUGAUGUGAUGCUAAGAGUGGAUGGUGCUCCUAUGCCUCAAGGAGCUUGAGGUAGUGGAACACAUUGAUUUAAUUCCAUCCCUUAUGUACUUUUGUUCUAGCUCCUCUUUUCCAAGUUGAAUAACAAUUUUUUUUGUUUUAAGUUGGUGCUCUGAACCUUAGUCCUAGUACCCUUUACACUAAAUUGUCAAAUUUUGCUAAACUUGUGCCAUUUUCUUUGGUAAGAGAAAGCAGGUCUUAAUGUCUGCCAGAACACAAUUUAUAAGCCUGACAGGCUCCAUUAAACUUUUUUAAACUUUAAUAUUGGCUACUUUUUUUCAAUUUCACUAAAUCUCAAAUGCUACUUGUUACUUAAAAGUACUUCCUUUCCCUUUUCCUACUUCCAUGCCCCAGUCCUUAUAUUUGUCACUCCUAUACAAGAUAAACCUUUAAGAUGCAUGUGUUCCCUAUGAGUAGAAUGGGGAAUAAUUUCUUAAAAGGAAAAAUAGGUCCAGCACUUAGGAUUUUGAAGCCUUUCUUGUGCCAGUUUCAGAACAAAUCAUGGAAGAUUGCCUGUGUGUGAUAUUUUGUGUUUUUUUUUUGUUUGUUUCUAGAAAAAUAUUUCUUAGAAGACAUUUUGGUCUUUUAAGAACAAUGUACAUUGAACUUAAAACAUGGUUUAGUUUGGGAAACCAGAACCUCUUCUUAACCUUGCUUGAUCCUUUGGUCCUUUAACCUCCACAGCUGAUCAGUUCUGUUUCUAUGUAGGCAGACCUAACUUGGCAUGAGUGGGUUUAGUACAUCUUAUUACUGCAGUGACCUGAGUUUGGCUAAGGUAUUAAAAACUUUAAAAUCAUAAUGUCUAAGAUAUAAAAAAAAAUUAAUGGAAAACUCAUUUGGCUGAAUUUAAAGUCCUGCAGUCAAAUUCUUAAAUGUGGUUUACCCAACUGAGUAGUAUACACCUUAAAUCAUAAUCCUAAUAAAUAAUUAAAAAAAAAUAAAACCACUGGGGUUUGUCUGUAGUUUUGUUUUGGGCCAUCAUACCUGGAUCACUAAUAUAAAUCAGGGCUUCUUGAACUUUUUCCAUUUGUGACCCCUUUAAGCCUGAGAAAUUUUUAUGCGACCCCUGGGUUUAUAGGUAUAUAAAAUGGGGUAUAUGUAACCUUUUACUGUUGCCAAAUUAUUUUGCAACUCCCACAUUCAGUUACGUGACCCCAUAUUGGGUUGUGACCCACAAAGUAAAUGAAGUUACUUCCUUUUUUUUUUUUUUUGGUGAGGCAAUUGGGGUUAAGUGACUUGCCCAGGGUCACAUAGCUAGUAAGUGUUAAGUGUAUGAGGCCGGAUUUGAACUCAGGUCCUCCUGACUGCAGGGCCGGUGCUCUAUCCACUUCACCACCUAGCUGCCCCAUGAAGUUCCUAAAGGAAACCAAAGUCUUAAGUUUUGCCAGGCUAAUAGAAUUCAUUGAAGUCGUUGCUGAUUUUUAUGCCUAGAUUUACGGGUUCAAAAUGUGUACUUUUGAAUAUUUAAUGGCCAAAGAGCUAUGGAAUUUUUUAAGGUGCUAUUUUCUUGGGAUGAGAAAAAGAUAAGAUUUAACUUGAGGAUUUAAUGAACUUCAUAGUGUGGUAAAAGUGAAAAUGCCAUGAAAUGACUUAAGAUAUUUUUUUUGGGGGGGGGGAAAUAACAAUUUAGAAAAUUGGAGUAAAGAGAAAAGUGGUUGGAAGUUGGGUUCUUAACUCAGUUGAGGGGUCACUGUGAAAGAAGAAAUAGGCAAAGCCUGAUCUGAGGAUUAAAAAUUAUUGAACAUCACUAUGUAUUAAAAGUGAAAAUGCCAAGAAAUUGUUCAUUUGGGAGCUAAAUAACAGCCUUAAAUUUGGAAAAUUAUAUUAAUAGGAAGUUGAUAAGCUUUUAAAAUAGAGUUGAGGUUAAUAGAUUAUCACUUUUCAUUGGCUUUUUUGUGUGUGGAAAUAGUAACUCCUGGCCUUAAUCUAAUAAUUUGCCCAAGGUCACAACAGCUCUUUAUUGACAGAUGGCACUAGAGUUUAGGUUUCCUGAUUUCCUAGUCCUUUUUCCUUUGCUAAUGCUGCCUUGGGAUGGGUUUCUUACUUACCAGUUAUGUCUGCCACCCCUCCCAGAUACAGUGGCAGUUUUUUAGAGUCUGUAGAAGUGCCCCCAACUUUUGGUAGUGGUAGGGAUGAUGAAUUAUUUUGCCAAACCUAAAGGAAAUAGGUUUCUUUUAAAUGGCAAGCUUCCCUAGUGCAGAGAUGUUAAAUGAGUGCAGCCUGAACCAGAUUAAAAUGUAAUUGAGAAAUGUUAAAAAUACAAAAUAGAUAAUGUUAAUUUGUGUUUUCCUAAGCUUGUAUACCACUUGCAGAGAACUAUUUUCUAUGUGAGUUUGACACCAUUGUCCUAGUGUUUUUUAAUUGCACAAUUUUUAUGUAUAAUAUGUAUGUAUGUAUGUAUACACACAUACACAUACAUAUUUAUGUAUAUUUAGUGCUAGGUAAUAUACAAUGGGAUCCCAAUUACUGAUCUCAAAUCAAUUUAUAUACACUUGAUAAUAUCGUACAACUUUCCAUGCUCCACAUUUUGGAGGGAAUAGUAUGACAGGGUCUUUGACAAAAUCUAGGGGGUAGGAAGGUAGUUUGUCUUCUAUUUCUGGUGCUUCCCUCUCUCUUCCUUGUACCCCCUCCCCCGACCAUUCUGAUUUGUAUUUAGCUUAUACUGUUUUUCCCCCUCAUGUAAAUGAACUCUUUUUUCCUCCUAUGAAUAUGAAAAUUUCUACUAUAGCUUUUAUUUAGGUUUUAGACAAAAUUUGUAGCAAGGUAUCAAGUACCACUUGGUUGUGAAGGGAGUAUUUGCCUUAAAAGAUAAUUUGUUAAAGCAAAAAAGGAGGUUAUCUUGUACAGUUUUCACAUUUUCAGAAGUGACCCCUCUAGCUGAAGUUAACAGCAAGUCAACAGAGCCAAGACUCCAAAGCUAGGACUAGUUUGGUCUAGUGCUCUUUCUGUAUAUCAUAAUGCUUUUGUUAACCCAAAUUGUUGGUCUGUGAGGGAAACCAGUAUCGUAAUGCCCCUUGUUGACUUUUGGCAUAGUACAGAGGAAAGAGCACUGGUUCUGGGGUCAGAGGACCUGGGUUUACAAUCCCCCCUAAUGCUUUAUACCUGUCUAACUUUGUACAAAUAUAUCUGAUAUCCCUUGGCUUCUGUUUCUUCAUUUGUAUAAUGACAUGGUUGGACUGCCUGUGAGGUUCCCUUCUAGCUCUUAUCUAUGAUCCUAUGAUAUUCCACAUAUCUUUGUCAAUGUGCUCUCUGGAACAGGAUGAACAGGUGAAUUGGAGGUGGGUUGGAGUGGCUUUGGUGGGGCAUUUUCCAAAGAAAAGCUGUUUUCUCUCUGGUUUGGUAGGGGUCAGCCCCUUCUGUGUCCCUUUCUUUGAUACUUUUAGUGUUCCCAUAUAUGCUAAAUGUAUGCCUGCUAAUAGGAGAACAUCUGUAACUGAAGGCAUUGAUUCAAGUUGCACUUUUUUUAGAAUUCUAUCCUCUGUGAGAGUUUGUUGUAAUAAAUAAGUAAAUGCACAGUACUGUAACUUAAUAAAUGUGGUUAAAUUUGAAAAAUGAACUAGAACCUGAACUACUGGUUUCUCAUAACUGAUAGCACUUUUAGUGGUAGGUAGUUUUAAGCAUGAUGAAGCGUAUUCUAUAACCUUUUUGAAACCUGAAAGGAGACUUUGAAUUUUAAAAGUGUUAAUAUUUUCAUAAGAGAUUACCAAUUCAUGUGUUUUUUCACUGUUAAAAAAGUUCCUAAGGAACACCAACUAAUUGUAUGGAACUGUCUUGUGAUAUUGACAUUUAUUUAUGUUUACUCUAAAAAACUUUAUCUUCUGAAUUCUA